AUGUCUUGGCUCUCCUGGCUCCACACUCGGUGGCCUUCCUCGGCCUUCUCCCUGCUGCUUCUCACUGUAGUGGGCAGACAGACGGAGCCGGAGGUGGCUCAGGCGAUAGUGUGCUCCCGGUGGGGAGAACCGAGUGACAAGAGCCUCUCCCAGGAUGGAGAUGUGAUUAUCGGUGGACUUUUUAAUCUGUAUUACUCACCGGCUCUAGAGCAGGGGUUCACCAAGCUUCCUCACCAUGAACCAUGCACUGGUUUAGAUCUAGAGUCAUUACAAAAUUUAUAUACUAUGAAGUUUGCGGUGGAUGAAAUCAACCUUAACAGCACCUUGCUACCGGGAGUGAAGCUGGGCUACCGUACACUUGAUAGCUGUUCCAGUUCUCGCUGGGCUCUGCAAGUUGCACUGUCGCUGGUUGGAGGAGACGAACACAGCUGCAACUUAACAUCCUCUACGCCUCGUUCUACAACUGAUGAACGACCUAGAGAGACAGCAGGUGGUCAGCCUGUUCCUUUACUCAUUGGUCCUGCCUCAUCAACAAUAACCAUAAUUCUGUCAAGGAUCCUUGGGCCUCUCUCUAUCAGCUACCAUGCAAGCUGCCCCUGUCUUAGUGACAGGCUUAAGUUUCCAAACGUCUUCAGAACAAUCCCCAGUGAUAUUUACCAAGCCCGGGCCAUGGCACGACUGGCCAUACACUUCCGCUGGACAUGGAUGGGAGCUGUGAUUAAAAACAAUGAUUAUGGUCAUUUUGCGAUACAGGCAUUUCAGGAAGAGACUCAGGGGAAAGGGGUGUGUUUGGAAUUCAUAGAGACCGUCGACAGAGAAACUAUUGUGAGUGAUGCCAGACGUGCUGCCCUCACAAUUCAAGCUUCGACUGCCAGGGUGAUUUUGAUCUUUUCUUGGCAUACAGAUGUAAGGACAUUAUUUCUGGAACUGGCCAAAAGAAAUGUGACUGACAGACAGUUUCUGGCCAGUGAGGUUUGGAGCACCAGUGGUGAUAUUCUCCAAGAUCUCGCCAUCUCUAAAGUGGCAACUGGCGUUCUUGGUGUGGCCAUUCGAAGUGCAACAAUACCCGGAUUUCAAAAUUAUCUCAGAAGUUUGCACCCAAUUCGUCGUCCUGAUGAUGAAUUCUUACGAGAAUUCUGGGAAAAGGAGUUUGGAUGCAGUCCACAUGCAGCACCUCUAUCUUUAUAUUCAUCUCCACUCAAAACAAGUUCUAACCAUCAGUCAAAUGUUUCUUCUUCAUCUUCUGCUAAGGAGUCCUUUCAGAAAGCUUCUCUAGCACCCUGCAGCGGCACAGAGUCCCUGGAGGGAGUUCAGAAUCACUUCACUGACACUUCCCAGCUAAGAAUGGCUUAUAAUGUCUACCUAGCUGUUUAUGCUGCAGCCCACGCCCUUCACAGUCUUCUCUCCUGCAACAGCUCCACCUGCUCCUCUCCAAAACACAUCAAACCCAUAGAGCUGUUGCAGCACUUGAACAAAGUGAACGUCACCACACCACAGGGUGAAAUGUUUUACUUCCAAGGUGCCGACAUUCCAGCAAAGUACGACCUUGUCAACUGGCAGAACACCCCUGAGGGGUCACUCAAACUGGUUUUGAUCGGCCGUGUGGACGGGUUUGACCUCCACCUUAAUGAGUCAGCUAUUCAGUGGAGCACAGGAUCCACUCAGGUGCCUGUUUCAGUGUGCAGUGAGAGCUGCCCCCCAGGCACCCGGAAGGCCAACAGGAAAGGAGAACCUCUCUGCUGCUUUGACUGUAUCCCAUGUGCUGAAGGGGAGAUUAGCAAUCAAACUGGUUCCCUUCACUGUGAGCUUUGUGCAUCAGAGUUUUGGUCCAAUGCUAAACGAACUGCCUGCAUCCCUCGCCAACUGGAUUUCCUUUCCUUUAAUGAAACCUUGGGCAUCACCCUGACUGCAGUAGCUGUGUCUGGUGCCGCGGUGACAACAGCUGUGUUUGUGGUGUUUCUCUGCUACCGUCAAACACCUAUGGUGCGAGCCAACAAUUCAGAACUCAGCUUCGUGCUUCUCCUGUCGCUGAAGCUCUGCUUCCUGUGCUCGCUGGUGUUCAUUGGUCGUCCAUCAGUCUGGGCUUGUCGGUUCCAGCAGGCAGCUUUUGGGAUCAGCUUUGUACUUUGUGUUUCCUGCCUCCUGGUCAAAACCCUGGUAGUUCUUGUUGUUUUCAGCUCAGCUCGGCCAGGUGCUAAAGCCCUGAUGAAGUGGUUUGGUCCAGGCCAGCAGAGAGGAAGUGUCUGCCUCUUUACAUCUAUACAGAUUAUCAUCUGUGCCACAUGGCUGUCCCUCAGCCCCCCUGUGCCUCAACGUGAUCUUGGUUUUCAAGGUUCAAAGGUCACCCUGGAGUGUGCCAUGGCCUCUGUUGUGGGCUUCUCUCUGGUUCUGGGUUACAUUGGUCUGCUGGCCUGCACCUGCCUCCUCUUGGCCUUUCUUGCCCGGAAACUCCCCGACAAUUUCAACGAGGCCAAACUGAUCACCUUCAGCAUGCUGAUAUUCUGUGCUGUCUGGGUGGCCUUUGUUCCUGCUUACGUUAGCUCUCCUGGGAAAUAUGUUGUCGCUGUGGAGAUUUUUGCAAUCCUGGCCUCUAGCUAUGGUUUACUGCUCUGCAUUUUUGCCCCCAAAUGUUUCAUCAUUCUCUUGAGGCCUGAGAAAAACACUAAGAAACACCUGAUGGCCAGGUAGUCUUUCUGGCUUGAACGUGAG